AUGGGCCGAUACAAGAUGGGCCCAUCUCUACCAUUACCAUUUUCCUCUUCCAUUCCAAAUCCAAAGCAUUCCCUCAAGCUAAUCAGGAGAGCAUCAUCAAUGGCGAAACCGCUGGGACACACAGGCGAGUUCUUUAGGAGAAGGGACGAGUGGCGGAAGCACCCGAUGAUGACGAACCAGUGGCGCCACGCCACCCCCGGCCUCGGCAUCGCGCUCGUCGCUUUUGGUAUUUACGUUGUUGAAUUUCCCCUCUAUCUACUAGAUGAACGCCCGGGGCCAAGGAUUAGGCACAAUCAUAUUUAUCACUCUUCUCUGUUUCUCUAUCAGCGUUUAAUAAGCUCUCAGCGUCUUUUGCCUUCAAUGAGCAGAACUCUGAAUCUGUAA